GUCGUGUCAUACAAAAUACGUUGCAGUUAUUCAAUAAAAAUGAAAUCGCUAGUGUUAUGGUUUUGUCUAGCAGCAGCAGUUGCAGCUGCUCCUGGACGUGAUUAUUUCGAACUUGCGCGUGGUGGUCGUAUUAUCGGCGGUAUUAACGCGUUACCCCAUGAGUUCCCAAGUAUAGUAUCGCUUCAACGCUUGAUCCUUACGACUUCCACGCAUGUUUGUGGUGGCACAGUUCUCAACCAGCGAUGGGCUAUGACAGCCGGUCACUGCAUUCUUCAUUCACCAGAAGGAGCACGUUUCGCCAUCUGGGCCGGUUCACACCAAAUUUUGAUUUCUGAACCGAACAGACAAGUUAUCAACGUCGAAGAAGCAAUUAUUCACCCUGAAUAUCUCGGCGGAGUUAAUCCAUCGGAUGUUGCUGUACUUCGUUUGGCGACCUAUGUCAAUUUUAACGAUUUUGUACAGCCUGCGGUGCUGCCCGCGCAGGGAGACCUGGCCACACCCGGCCCGGCGACUCUCGCAGGAUGGGGCAGCAUUUCCGGUAGCGCUAACAUUAUGCCGUCUACUCUGCAGAAAGUACAGAAACCCAUUAUCGAUUAUGACACUUGCGAGGAAGCAAACGGAGGACCAGGAAACACUCCACUGGGACCCACCAAUGUCUGCACGGGACCGCUAACGGGUGGUAUCUCUGCCUGCGCGGGAGAUUCUGGCAGCCCGCUACUAGUAAUAGAGGACGGCGUGCAGACCCAGGUUGGAAUCGUUUCCUGGGGCUGGGUUCCAUGUGGUUCUAUUGGUCGUCCUUCCGUUUAUGUUGGCGUUGCGAGCUAUCGCGAUUGGAUCGAUGAUCAAGUUAACUGAAAAGGAAGUUAAGAAUGAUGUAAUUACUUGUCAUACCUACUAGAAUAAAUCUACAAUUAGAACACGAGUGAUGCUUCCGUACGUUUCAGAUAAAACUGAUUCAAAAAUGUCCAUCGAUAAUAUAACAUUGUCCAAGCAUAAAAUUCAAUCCUAAAGAUUUGCAUGAGUUGUAAUGUCCAGUGUCCAGUGGUGGGCAUCGAUAAUCGCUAAACGCUU